CAUCCCCACCAUUUCACAUCAGGGAAGAAUCUUCAGGAGUUCUUGCUUCAACAGUGUUUGAACGGAACUUCUUCUUUCGUCCUUGUUUUUCAGAUACUCUGCAUUCCGGGCAAGACAAUCCUUCAAUACUUGAACACUACUGAAAAGGUCGCCGUAAAGCUCUAUUUUUGUACCGUUUUGUUAAGAAAAAGCACAAGAAACGCCAGCCAAAAUGGAGUCCCAAGUGCGCCAGAACUACCACCGCGACUGCGAGGCCGCUAUCAACCGGAUGGUCAACAUGGAGAUGUUUGCCUCCUAUACCUACACCUCCAUGGCCUAUUACUUCUCCAGGGAUGAUGUGGCCCUCCCAGGCUUUACCCAUUUCUUCAAGGAGAACAGUGAUGAGGAGAGGGAGCAUGCUCAGAAGCUGCUGUCCUUCCAGAAUAAUAGAGGAGGACGCAUCUUUCUGCAGGACAUCAAGAAACCUGAGCGUGAUGAGUGGGGCAGUGGGCUUGAGGCUAUGCAGUGUGCCCUGCAGCUGGAGAAGAAUGUCAACCAGGCUCUGCUGGACCUGCACAAGCUGGCCUCCGACCAUGUUGACCCACAUAUGUGCGACUUCUUGGAGACUCACUACUUGAACGAGCAGGUGGAGGCCAUCAAGAAGCUGGGGGACUACAUCACCAACCUCACCCGCAUGGAUGCCCACAACAACAAGAUGGCAGAGUACCUGUUUGACAAGCACACUCUGGGCAGCAAGAGCUAAAUGCAUUGUCCGGAUCAAGAAUUGAGUCUUCCACUCACUGACUCACAGGCUACAGAAAUCAACACAUGUUUCUGCUUCAUCUGUUCAUUCACUGAGCACUCACUCAAAUCUAACCUGCUUUUAACGCUGAUAAGUUCUCACAUGAUCUGGUGGUGUUGCUGUUUCUUAAUGUCAUGUCAGGAUGGAUGUUAAUCAGGUUAUGACUUUGACCUCAUUUCUGAUACGCCUCUUGAUGUGACAUUUUUUUAACAACUUGUGACUCGAGUUUCUGAUCUGUUCUGAAUCUGAAUAAACAUUUUGAGCUGGA